GCUUGUUUAUAACAUGGUGGUUACAAAUUUCAACCAUGGUCAUUUAACAACUCGUCAAUCUUGGUUUCGAUCUCUUCUUAAACUUAAGAUUUCACAUACUCUUGAAUGGAGUUUCAUGAAGGACUGUCCAUAUGAGGUGCUUGACCAUGCUAUUACACAUGCAAAUCAAGCUCGAAAUGAAGUUGUCUGUCGAAAUAAUGAAAUUAAAUAUAAAAAACAUCGUCUUCAUUUCCAAAGAAAAAAAGAUAAUCAGCAAACAAUUACUAUUCGUUCUCAAUACUGUCACAAAAAUCCUCUUCUUUUUCCAUUGCAUCAUGAACAUCGUCGAAAAAAUCAUAAAUGGCCAAAUUUGGAAGGAAAGGUUUUAAUGGAUUCAAA